AUCGCACCCGCCAUUCCCCAUUUUUCCUCUCCACUCACAGCGGACCGGAAAAUCUCUCCGGCGGCGCCGCCGGCGAAGCGCCAUCCUCUCCGGUCUCUUCUCCUCUUCUCUUCCUCCGUGCCUUCACCUGUCUCGCCGGGGCGCCGCAUCCCCGCCUCCGAAGCACCAUCCCAUUCGCACCCGCCUCCAUAGGGAAUCAAUCUCUCCGCCGGCGCCGCCGCCGCCAUGCUCCGCCUCCGUGGCUGCAUCCUCGUGCGGCUCCUCUCUUCCCCCGCCACCUCUCAGGGCGCCCCUCUCCACCGCCCCCUCUCCGCGGCCGCCGCGGCCGCCGUCUCCCCAAACCCUAGCUUCGCCGCCGACGACUACCUCGUCUCCACCUGCGGCCUCACCCGAGCGCAGGCCCUCAAGGCCUCCGCCAAGCUCUCCCACCUCAAGUCCCCCGCCAAGCCCGACGCCGUCCUCGCCUUCCUCGCCGGCCUCGGCGUCUCCGCCGCCGAUGUCGCCUCCCUCGUCGCCAAGGACCCGCUGUUCCUCUGCGCCAGCGCGGAGAAAACCCUGGCCCCCGUCGUAGUCGAGCUCGCCGGCCUCGGCCUGUCGCAUUCCGAGAUCGCGCGCCUCGUCCCGCUCUCCUUCCUCCACUUCCGCUCCAGGUCCAUUGUUUCCAAGCUGCAGUACUACCUGCCCCUGUUCGGCUCCUCGGAGAACCUCUUCCGGGUGCUCAAGCUCGGCUACCUCGCCGGUGCUGACAUCGAGGGGACGGUCAAACCCAACGUCGCGCUCCUACGGCAGUGCGGGCUAGACGACUGCGAUAUCACCAAGCUGUCCCUCACUAAGCGCGGAGUCCUGAGCAGCAAGCCAGAGCGCGUCGGGGCGAUGGUGGCAUGCGCCGAAGGCCUUGGCGUGCCUCGUGGCUCGGGGAUGUUCAGGCACGCGUUGGAUGCUGUCGGAUUCCUCGGUGAGCAGAAGAUCGCCGCCAAAGUGGCCUACUUGAAGAAGACGUUCAGGUGGUCAGACGCUGAGGUGAGCAUUGCUCUGCGUAAGGCUCCGUGUGUGCUGAGGAAGUCAAAGGAAUUACUGCAGCGCAGGUCUGAUUUCCUCAUCUCUGAGGUGGGGUUGGAACCGUCCUACAUUGCUCAACGGUCAGUAAUUAUCAAUUACAAGCUGGAGGGCCGGAUGAAACCCAGGUACUACGUUGUAAAGUUUCUCAUGGAAAGUGGAUUGCUCAAGUGCAAACCAGGCUACUACUAUACCGCUUUCAAGGUGAGAGAGAAGGUAUUCAUGGAGAAGUUCAUUUGCCCUCACAAGGAAGUUGCGCCGCACCUCUCUGAAGACUAUGCAACAGCUUGUGAAGGGGUAGUGCCGGCUAGAUUCAGAUUUACAUGAACCAAGGACUGGAUUCUCACCAUGCCUGCGAAGCUGGUCUGAUGGCUGCUAACUUAUCUCAAGGAAGAUGCACUCUGGGCUCUGGUGUGUGCGUGUGUGUACAUUCAAGAGACAUAUCAGGUACUCUAAUUUGGAUCGGUCACUAUGGACUCUGGCCAUGCCAGCUUGCAAAGCGAAAUGACGGCGGAUUUAAAUCUAGAUAGUCAGAAUACCGGCAGGAUGGGGCUUACGGCAUUGGCUGCUCACGAAGAAACAAAGGUAUUUUACAAUUAUGUAUGUGUUGCCGGAAUCGACGUAGAUCCUGGCACCAGCUCCAUGAAACUGGAGCAUAACUACAGUAGCAUGGCCUCCUUGAAACUUCCAUAAACUCGACUGCCACUAAAACGUGUCUAGAUACAUCCAUAUUUAGGCAAAUACUACAAGACAGGUAGAUAGAUUUGUGAAAAUUAGGUGAGAAGAGCAGGGGAAGAGCUUGCAAAAGCGGAUUUAUUAUAGAAAAAAAAAUCUGGACAGGCCCGCAAAAAAAAAAUCUGGACAGUCAAAAUAGUACAUGCUGGCACAUAAUGGGGCUAGAAACAUAAGUAUUCUAUUCUACACUUCCAACUCAUCAAAAAUAAAAAAGAAGUACUGUAUUCUACA